AAAUAUUAUCCUUUUUUAUCCUCGAAUUUCCGAGUCCAACGAUAAUUACGAGACAGCCAUUUCGCGGCCGGCGAGCUGAAUCGCCAUGGCGGAGCCGCCGCAGUUUCCCCCAAACAAACGCCCUAAAACCCUAAUUUCAUCACCCGAUCCACCUUCUCCGAUGUCCAAAGGCAAAUCGAAGAUCGACGAGGGGACCUCGCCGCCGAAUCACAGGGAAAUCGAGGAUGAAUCGGUGGAUUGCUGCGGGAUUUGCCUGUCGGAACGCGGAGACGGCGGAGUGAGCAGAGGUUACAUCGACAGCUGCAGCCAUAACUUCUGCUUCGUCUGUAUCAUGGAGUGGGCGAAGGUCGAGUCCAGAUGCCCCCUCUGCAAGCGCCGCUUCUCCACCAUCCGCCGCCCACCCAAGCCUCCUGUAUUCGAAUCCGAGCGCGUUGUUCAUGUUCCCCUUCGCGAUCAGGCUCAUCAUUAUUUUGGAAAUGUGACGAGUGGGCCUUCGGAUCCAUAUACAGAAUCCAAAUGUUCAGUUUGUAAUGGUGUAGAAGACGAGAGCCUCUUACUCUUGUGUGAUCUCUGUGACUGUGCUGCUCAUACCUACUGUGUUGGUCUCGGGACAACAGUUCCCGAAGGUGAUUGGUUCUGCCAGGACUGCACACUUCUGAAGGACGAGCAAUCAAGAAUCGAAACAAAUGCUGAAUCGGGUGAUCAAAUCAGUUCCAACCCAAUCCCAAGACCAUCAUCACCUGAUGCUGAGGUUUCCGUAUAUGAUAUCGUGCAAGAACACUACAGUUCUAGUACAACCAGCAACGAAAAUGGUAGAGUAUGUACAAGAAUCGUGGGAAUCGGUACAGAAAAUCUAAUGCCGCCGAAUGCCAGAACCCUGCAGCACUGUCGCGAUCUCCAUGGUCGGAUACGUCUAAUGCGCCAGAGUUGGAAUGGCUUUCGAAAUGGUAUUUUGCAUUUUUCUUCUAGCCCUAGCGACGGUAACAUUUCCAGAAAGAAGACGAUGCCUCGUGCAAAUGAACGCCAAUCUUGUCCUGACCAGCAAUCGACAGCUCAGUGUACUUCUUCUCAGACAACAAAUUCCGGAAGAGCAGAAGAGAUCGAAAAGGCUUGGAAGAUGAUGGACAAAGCAACGUUGCUAAAACAAAGACUAGAAAUGUCAACAUCAAACCGUGAUUCGAAGUUUCCUGUAAGAAAAUUACAAUCAGUUCAAAAGACUGCACCGAAGAACAUUGGAAGCAUCAGACAACAGCAGAGUCAUUAUGAUCCUCGAAAAGAUUCUUGCAAGCAGCCAUCUUCAGUGUCUAGAAAGCGCGGGACUGAUGAUGUUAGUUCUCGUGAGUGCUCGAUAAUUGGUCAUUCCUCGAAAUUCCAAGUACCCGAAUCUUCAAACACCAUUGUUAAAGGGAUCGAUCAUCCUUCUUCCUCCCACAGCAAGUUAAAGCAACCGAUGGAGAAAACAGAGUCGAAGAAAAUCAGUGUCGACAAUCAGAAGUAUUCUGAAGCCAAAAGCGAGAUCCAGUCCCUCGUAAAGCUCAACCUGAAACUUCAAACCGAAAAGGAGAAAUUAGAAGUUAAUACAUUCAAAGAAAUCGCGAGGCUUGCGACACAUGCAAUUCUAGCCGAGUGCGGACUGGAGCACCCGAAGCCCAGGUCGUAUUCUGUUCAGGGCUUUUCGUGCUCGCAUCGCGAUGGAACUCGAGUCCAGAAGGUAAGCCUGAUGCCUAAUUGUUGCAGAGAAUGUUUUUACAUAUAUGUUAAGGAAAUGGUUAAUACUAUUCUGUUGCAGAAGAAGCCAACAACAAAGAGGUAAUUCCUUUGUGACUUAUAACCAUAUUUGGUUGGGUGUUGUACUUUAUUUUAUUAGUGAAUUUGAAGUAUGAAUAGAAUGUCAUGCAAUUCAUAAUCUAUAUAUGGCUGCUGAUUGAGUGAUGAAUAA